UCCGCCAGUGGCCACCACAGCAGCAGCAGACAGAGGAAGGCUUUGUCCAAUUGCCUGGCGAGUGGGGAAAGAAAGGCGUGGUCCCUAUCCCGUCAACCUGACGUGUUCUUGAUUCCUCACAGCUUAUUCUAAUGCGAGCAGCGGUGUAGCUUUAGCUAGUCAGAUUCCAGCAAUAAUUUGGCUAUGGCUCUCUUGUGGUUGCUGAUUCUGCACCAAGCUAUCAGGAGCACAUAAAGUAUCCAUUUUCCACAGCCACUCGCCGUUCUGCUGAAUUGUUCAGGCCACCAUGAGGCGAAAUAGUAUCUUGCUUGUGUGCUUUAGUCUACGCCCCUACGAUGGUCUCAAGGAAAUAUUGCCCGUCCAUGGUUGUUGAUUUCAUACACCAUUGUUCCCUCGAAAAGGAAAGAACCAGCCCUACGAGGAUUCCAGGAUACCGCAGGUACCAGCUCCGCUUCCGAUCCAAGAUAUAAAAGAAAAUUCAGCGAAAGCAGGAGCUGUGAAGCUACCCUGGCGGAAGAAUCGACUGAAAGCGGCAGGGUGAAGGAAGGAUCCACUGCCGGGGAAAGAUGCGGCCUUACUUUGAUCCCGAGUAUGAGAACUUCAAUCAGCGCAUCAACCCUCCUCGGUCGGUCUCUAAUGGUCUGCAUCGACAACAACACAUGCCGCGACUGCACCCUAGUGAAGGUGGACAGUAUGAACAAGAAUGGCAUUCUGCUGGAGGUGGUGCAGGUCCUGAGCGAUCUUGACCUCACCAUCUUGAAAGCUUACAUCACCUCGGAUGGCGGAUGGUUCAUGGACGUGUUCCAUGUGCUGGAUAAGCAAGGGCAGAAGGUGACCGAUGAGAAGACCAUUCAGCACAUCGAGAAGGCCUUAGGUCCGGGCAGCAACAUACCGGGCGCGACGAAGGGCAGCAAUUCGCCUGGGAGAUCAGUCGGGAUGCACUCGAUCGGCGACCACACCGCCAUCGAGCUCAAGGGGCCCGACAGAACCGGCCUUCUCUCCGAGAUCUUUGCCGUCCUGGCGGAGCUCCAGUGCAACGUCAUGGCGGCCGAGGUGUGGACGCACAGGACGAGGGUGGCCUGCGUGGUGUACGUCAACGACGUGUCCUCGGGGCAGGCCAUCGAGGACGCGUGCCGCCUGGCCGGGAUCGAGGAGCGGCUGCGGCACGUGCUCCGCGGGCACGGCGGCGGAGACGACGACGACGGCGACGGCCGGGGAGCGCACACCAACUUCUCCGCCGGCUCCACCCACGUGGACCGCCGGCUGCACCAGCUGAUGCACGCCGACAUGGACCUGGGCGGCGACGGUGCGCCGCAGGGCCGUCCCGCCGCCGACGACGGCACGGCGGUGACCGUGGAGCACUGCGAGGAGAAGGACUACUCGGUGGUGAACGUGAGGUGCCGGGACCGGCCCAAGCUGCUGUUCGACAUCGUCUGCACGCUGACGGACAUGCAGUACGUCGUCUUCCACGCCGCCGUCACCUCCGAAGGCAUCUACGGCAUCCAGGAGCUGUACAUUCGUCGCAAGGACGGCCGCACGCUGCUGAAGGACGAGGCAGAGAAGGUGACCAAGUGCCUCGAAGCGGCGAUCUCCAGAAGAGUGUCCGAGGGAUUCACGCUUGAGCUCUGCGGCAGGGACAGGGUGGGGCUGCUGUCGGACGUGACGAGGGUGCUCCGGGAGCACGGCCUGACGGUGACGAGGGCCGACGUGACGACGGUGGGGGAGCAGGCCGUGAACGUCUUCUACGUGCGCGACGCGUCGGGGCAGCCGGUGGACAUGAAGACCAUCGAGGGCCUCCGGGGACAGGUCGGCCAGACCGUCAUGCUCAACGUCAAGAAGGUGCCCGCUGACAAGGCGCCGGAGCGGACUGCUGGCAGCAUGGCCAAGACCAGCUUCUUCUCCUUCGGCGGCCUCUUCGCCAAACUCGGAGCAUAAUCUCCGUUGUGCAAAUUGUUGUAAAAUGGCCCCAACUAGAGUAGUCAGUAUGGCAGCUCUUGGUGGAGUACCUUUUUCCAACAAGUUUCCCCAUUUUCCUCGAUUUUUUCGAGCACCCGAUGAUCUUUCGAAGAGAGAGAUAAAGGAAUCUUUGCCCAAGAGGGAGAAAAGAGGUGCGAUGAUGAUGCCUAUAUUUUUCUCAA